AUAUGAAGUCAUUUGAAAAGCUAUCAACAUCCGCGGCAGUUUUCAGAGUGAUAUUUGUUUGUCUGAUGGAGAUUCGAAAUGCGAACAAUGUGGCAAUUCUGCUGGAGCGGGACAGACUGCAGAGAGGAACAAAGAGAGUGCAAAAGGUAGCAAAGCGACCAGUCCACACGCCGACCGAGCCGAACCAGGCCCAUCACGAUUUCCACCACGCGCGGCCUAACGGAGCCCACCACGGAAGCCGAACCCUCUCCUCUUCGCCGUCCCCAGCUCCGUCGGUCCACCCAUGUCGUCCUCCUCGUCGCUGAUCCAAGGCAUCUCCAUCUCGGUCUCCGACGACGACGAGGCCUCCGGGAAGGUGCGCGUCCGCGUGCGCCGCAAGCGCAACCGCCACCCGGUCUCCGCCCGCCGCCGCUUCCUCCGCCGCGCCGCUCGGCUGGGCGGCCCGCUCCUCCUCGCCGCCCUCGCCGUCUCCCUCUUCGCCUAUGAGUACUACCGCCUCUCCCCGUUCCACUCAUCCUCCUCGUCCGCUCCGCCGCCUCCGCCUCCGACGCAGGCCGCCGGCAACCUCAGCCGCGUCGACCGCGCCGACCGCGCCCGGAAGUCAUGCCUGAAGAUGCUCGAUACUGAGAUGCUUCAAAAUCUGGAACUUCGUGAACCCCCUGAACAAAAUCUGCCAGUCAAGGAAGUUGUGUACAGGUCCAGUCUGCCCCAUCUUGAAGAUAACGUUUCAUCCCGUAUGACGAAUUCGCGAUUUAAUUCAUUCACGGGAUAUCAGACCCUUACUGAAAGAGAAGAGAGUUUCAAGCCAAAGGAAACUACAGUGGUUCAUUGUGGCUUCUACAGUGAAAAUGGAGGGUUCAGAGUUUCUGAUGUAGAUAAAGAUUACAUGAGAUCUUGCAGAGUUGUUGUGGCCACUUGUGCGUUUGGUGGAGGGGAUGACCUUCACCAGCCUAUAGGGAUGACAGAAGUGUCUGUCAAAAAGGUAUGCUAUGUUGCAUUCUGGGAUGAAGUCACUCUCUCAGCUCAACAUGAGGAAGGCAAGAAGAUUGGUGAAGAUCUCAGGAUUGGCCUUUGGAGGAUCAUUCUUGUGAGAGACCUUCCUUUCACAGAUCAACGGCUGAAUGGCAAAAUUCCCAAGCUGAUAAGCCAUCGCCUUUUCCCUAUGGCAAGAUACUCGAUUUGGGUGGAUUCGAAGUCCCAGUUCCGGAGAGAUCCACUAGGAGUCAUUGAGGCCCUUCUGUGGCGCUCAAACUCUUCCUUGGCAUUAUCGGAACAUGGAGCUCGGAGCAGCUUGUAUGACGAGGGUAACGCGAUUGUUAAGAAACACAAAGCAACCCCAGAAGAAGUUAAAAUACAGUUGGAUCAGUACCGGCAAGAUGGCAUUCCGGAUGACAAACGAUUCAACGGAAAGAAAGCUCUUGCAGAAGCUUCAGCCAUUGUGAGGGAUCACGCCCCCUCGACGAACCUCUUCAUGUGCCUCUGGUUCAACGAGGUGGUGAGGUUCACCUCCCGGGAUCAGCUGAGCUUCCCCUACGUGCUGCGACGCCUCAGGCUCCCCGGCGUCCACCUGUUCCCGGUGUGCGCCCGCAAGGAUCUCGUCAACAGCUUCGGCCACAGGCGCAAGGUGAAGCCUCUCGCCAAGGAGGGCAGAUGAGCUUCUGAAUCUAGCGCCCUGGGCGUUGUCCUGACUGGAAUUUCGACAAUGCGUGGCCUCGAUACACUCCACCUGCGCAAGCUGUAUAGUUACUCUAGUAGUUCUUUUCUUCGUCAUCUUGAUUUGAGGUGUAGACUAUCUUGGGGUAGCGAGAGGAGCAGUCAUUCAAAGUUCUCAGCUGGUACUGGUAGUAGCGCAAUGCAGGGGUACACAGGAGAAUGGCUUUGCCUGAUGUUGUUCAAGGCAAAUGUAGAUCGCCAAUUCGCCAUUCUUCUCGGCAGAAACGAAAUCAAAGAAUUUCGGCUAACCCCAAGUCAAUGCCUUAAUUUUGGCAUUUGUAUCCUUUCUAGCCCUGUCUGUUUUCUUCUUGAUCCUUACCAUGAACUAGCUAAUUCUCAUGAAAUUCAUGUGCAGCUUUCA